AUGAAGAAAAUCUUCAUUCAUCAAAUUGAAAUUACUCCACCUACUCGUCCCAAUCGAUUAACUCCAAAUGAAAUCGCUUGUGCUCGACAAAUUCGUCUUCGUGAACUUCGAAUGUGGAAAAUUACUCGAGAAAUCAUCUUUUACAUUUCUUUUCUUUCCCUUCUGUCUGUGAUUGUUUAUUCAAAUCAUAAUGAAAACGCUUCGUUUCAAGUUCGACAUCUUCGAAAAUCAUUCUCAGUGAAAAUCUCAUCAAUGAAUGAGUAUUGGGAAUGGUUAGAAGAAGAUUUUGUUGGAAAGAUUCGUGCACACAAAUGGUACAAUGGAAAGAAUGUGGAAUAUCUUCGUGGAUAUCUCAAUGAUACUUCAAAUCGACUUCUCGGUUGGGCGUUGAUGAAACAAUCACGAAUUCGAACACAACUUUGUCCAAGACGAAUUAAAUUUGUCGAAAUGAUAUUCUGUGAACGUGUGAUUGGCACUGACGUUAGUGCUGAUCAGAUUUCUCAUGCCAUAUCAAAAGAUAAUGUUGAAUAUCGAUGCAGUCCAGGUGAAGAUUUAUCUUUUCUCGAAUCAAAUUCAGUUGACCUAAUCACGAUUGCAACAGCAUUACAUUGGCUUGAUGUUGAAAAGUUUUUCCAAGAAGUCAAACGUGUACUAAAACCACAAACAGGUGUAUUAGCUGUUUGGACUUAUACAUUCGGCUCAUUAGAUAAUUCCGACGCUGAUAUUGUUUACAAAGAAUUUCAUCAAACUACAUUACAACCAUAUCAGAAUGAGAGACAAUAUAUAAUUAAUGCUUAUUAUGAACCACUUUUAGCAAUUUUUCCAUAUAAAUCAUCAUUAGAACAAUACACAAUUGAAUUUCGAGCGGAAGCAACACUUGAACAAUUUCUUGGCACAUUGGAAACCGCAUCACCUGCUCAAACAUAUCGAAAGCAAAAUGGCGAACAAAAGUAUCAAGAAAUGUUCAAUACAUUGCGUCAGAAGUUCAUUCAAUCUUAUCUGAAAUCGGAAGGUCAAAACGACAAUGAACAACCUAUUGAUGCUAAUCAUAUUAAAAUAACUCAUUUACGACCUAUUCGUCUCUACUUAGUGAGAAAAACUGAUUGA